UCACAAUUGAAACUAGGGAUUAGGUUCUUCUCGAAGUUUCUUCUGGUUCUGCUCAAUUGGGUAAUCGCAUUUGGCGUUAAGUUGUCAUCAUUUCUUCUCUGAUACUCCAUGGAAGAAGGUUCAUCGAGUUGCAGAAAUGGCGUCAUUUGAGAUUCGCAGUGCAAAACGCAUAUCAUUUCUGCUGCUGCUGCUGAUACUGUGAGGCGGAAAGGUACCGUCUCUUCUUACCUCGUUGAAUCUCUGGGUUUCACCACAAAACUCGCAGAAUCAAUCCAUCGCCAGAAAAGUCAGUUUCGAGGACAAGGUUAACUCUGAUUCUGUGCUGAUUCUUCUUAGAAGCCAUGGGUUCACAGAUUCCCAGAUCUCCACCAUCAUCACAGAUUAUCCACACGUGCUUAUAGCAGAUGCCGAGAGAUCCCUUGCUCUCAAGCUUCAGUUUAUAAAGUCAAGAGGAGCUUCGACCACUGAGCUCACUGAGGUUCUCUCAAAAGUUCCUAAAAUCCUGGUUUCCAAAAAGGACAAAGCUUUAGGCAGAUACUAUGACUUCGUCAAAGACAUAGAAGCUGACAAGAGUUACAAGUUCAAGAAGUUGUGUCCUUCUUCUUUGCUGCCACAGGGUAGUAAACAGGAGAACAAGAUAAGGAACAUAGAGAGAAAUAGGGAUGCCUCAGAAGUUGUUAUUCUCAUUGCUAACAUCCCAUGUGCAGCUUGUUUGUGGGAAAGACAAGUUUGAAGAGUCACUCAGUAAGGUCCUUGAGAUGGGUUUUGAUCCCACCACCACCACUCUUAGGUUUGUCGAAGCUCUGCGCAUGCUUUACGCUCUGAACGACAAAACUAUAAAAGCAAGAGUUGAAAUCUAUAAAAGGCUAGGCUUUGCUGAGGAGGACAUCUGGACAAUCUUCAAGAAGUGGCCAAUCUUCCUGUCAUACUCAAAGCUGACUCCGUUAAGACAUUGCUAGGACUAGGCUUCAGCAGAGAUGAGGUUGUGAUGAUAGUCAAGCGAUAUCCUAAUUGCAUUGGGUAUUCUGUGGAGUUGGUGAAGAAGAAGACUGAGCUUGUGGUGAACGAGAUGAACUGGCCGCUAAAGGCUGUGGUUUCAAACCCUGUGGUGGUUGGACUGAGCAUGGAGAAGAGGAUAAUACCAAGGUGUAAUGUAAUCAAAGCUCUAAUGUCUAAAGGAAGUAAACUCCCUUCUGUAAAGUCUGUCUUGGUAUGUACCGAUCAAGCCUUCUUAAAUAAGUAUGUGAUGAAGCGUGAUGAUGAGCAGCUUGUGGCUGAGUUGAUAGCUAUCUUCACUAGAGGUCGUUUUAAGUAACUUUUAAUGGUUGUUUCUUUUUUGUUUCUAUAUUGAUCUUAGAUUCAUAUCUGGAUCUUUUUAUGCAGACUGUAGGAAACAGAUGAAGUGCAAUUUAUAUAAAAAUAAAUAUUGAGUUUCUG